GCCGGCAACGAGGGCGAAGGCGGGGCUUAGCCUAGGGCGCGGAAGAGAGGCCGAGGAGAAGGCGGUGAAGCUGCGCGAGGAAGGGGCUUCUUCAAGACGUCAUCAUGUCUAUUAUGUCAUAUAAUGGUGGGGCUGUAAUGGCCAUGAAAGGAAAAAACUGUGUGGCCAUUGCUGCAGAUCGGAGGUUUGGCAUUCAAGCUCAGAUGGUGACUACAGAUUUCCAGAAAAUCUUCCCAAUGGGAGACAGACUGUACAUUGGCUUGGCUGGGCUUGCUACAGAUGUACAGACAGUUGCCCAAAGGCUCAAAUUUCGACUGAAUCUCUAUGAACUGAAAGAAGGCCGACAAAUAAAACCACAGACUUUGAUGAGUAUGGUGUCAAACCUCCUCUAUGAAAGACGAUUUGGACCCUACUACACAGAACCCGUGAUUGCUGGCUUGGACCCAGUCACAUACGAACCCUUCGUUUGCUCCUUAGACUUGAUUGGCUGUCCGAUGACAACAGAUGAUUUUGUGGUCAGCGGGACGUGCUCAGAGCAGAUGUAUGGCAUGUGCGAGUCCCUCUGGGAGCCAGACAUGGAGCCAGAUCACCUCUUUGAAACCAUAGGCCAAGCCAUGCUCAAUGCGGUGGACAGGGAUGCAGUGUCGGGGAUGGGGGUGGUUGUCCAUGUAAUUGAAAAAGACAAGAUAACUACUCGGACAUUGAAAGCCCGCAUGGACUAAACAUCAAGGAUGUGCUGGAAGGUGCGACGUCUUGCUGUAUUUUGCCUGGACAGCUGGCAUGCCACUUUGGUGAAGGAAAUCAUUUUAUUUUAUAGUCAAGAGCUGUUCAAAACUUGUUGUUGAUGAAAUAAACAUUUUCAUUAAGAAAUCUA